AGGCAAAGUAAAGAAAAUGGCUGCCGCUGACAUCCAUUACCCUCUCAGCGUAAUCUACUGUGGCGUCUGCACUAUGCCUUGUGAGUACUGUGAGUAUGGUCCAGAAUUGGAGAAGUGCCGGUUGUGGUGGAGAGAACACCAUCCUGAUGAGCUGAGUGAAGUUUGCGUAGACCAAGUUACUGCAGGCAUGGAAGGAUCUUCUGUUUCAGAUGAUAGUGGAUCUAAGAAGAAACAGACGCGAGGAGGAAAGGCCUUGAGGAAAGCCAAGAAAGAGGCUGAAGGACCUAAAAAGAUCACAAUAUCACGAGUUGCUCGAAAUAAGAGGAAGUGGGUGACUGUUAUCUCUGGCCUUAAGACUUAUGAAAUAGACUUAAAGAAGGCAUCAAAAACUUUAGCCAGUCAUUUUUCAUGUGGAUCGUCUGUGACUGGAGAGGAUGAGGUAGUUGUUCAAGGUGAUGUCACUGACGAUCUUGUGGAUUUUCUGUUAGAUAAGUACCCACAGGUUGAUGAAGAAACUGUGGAGUGCACUGAUGUCAAUAAGAAGUGAACAUGUUGUAAUUAUAAGUUAACGCUGUUGAUGUUUGUUGUAUUUUAGGUAUUUUGUUCGUUAAUAAUUGGUCAUUCUUUUAGAUAUGUACCGUAGAUAGUGAUCAUCUAAGUAUUAAAGUAUUAGAUAUAA